AUGGCGAACGUGCCGCCUGUGGUUUUCCCCACCGGCAGGAAUGCUGCCGCGCCAUCCCCCGGCGGCUCGCAGCAGCGCCGCUUCCCCACCGCCCCCUUUCAACCCCCGAGAGCCUCAAGCCCCGGCCUCCCUUUCCUCUCGUUCGACGUUAAUUCCGCCGCCGCGUCCACCUCCUUCUCCGCCGCCCCUCAGUUCCCCUCCACUAUCGGCGGCGGUGGCUCCACCGGGUUCGAGGACGAGCCGCCGCUCCUCGAAGAACUCGGCAUCAAUACCAAGCAAAUCUACCAGAAAACCCUCUCGAUCGUCAACCCUUUCAGGAUCAAUUAUCACCUCCACGAGGACGCCGAUCUCUCUGGACCUUUUCUCUUCCUCAUGGCUUUUGGAUUGUUUCAGCUCCUCGCCGGGAAGCUUCAUUUUGGAAUUAUCUUGGGAUGGGUGACGAUGGCGUCCAUGUUUCUGUACGUCGUCUUCAAUAUGCUCGCGGGGAGGAAUGGGAAUCUGGAUAUGUACAAGUGUCUCAGCUUGAUCGGUUACUGUAUGCUCCCAAUUGUGAUGUUGUCUGCGGUCUCUCUUUUCUUGCCGCAAGGUGGGAUGGUGAUCAUGGUGAUAACAGGUCUGUUUGUGAUCUGGUCUACGCGAGUCUGCACGGGAUUAGUGGUGGAGCUGGCUAACUGCGGGGAGGAGCACAGGGGGCUAAUCACGUAUGCUUGCUUCUUGAUUUACAUGCUUUUUUCGCUGCUUGUGAUAUUUUAG